AUGCCCCACCCCGUCGGCGAGCACGGCGAGCGCGAGCCGGAGAAGAAGAAGCCUAUCAUGGCUUGCCUCUUCUGCCGCGAGCGCAAGAUCGCGUGCGGGCCUCCACCCGCGGGGGGCCCGCAGCGCUGCAACCAGUGCACACGUCGCGAUCUCGUAUGCGAGUACCCGAAGGAAUCCCGCCGCGGGCAGCACAAACGCGGGACACGCGCGGCGCGCAUCGAGGCG